UUGGCCUCACCACUCAACAUCUGUUUUUGGUGCUAAUCAUCACCACAUCCUCUCACCACAGACGCAAAAAUGCUCAUCAGCCGUCAAUUGCAACGAGCUGCAGCUCGCCCGGCUGUCUGGCAGUCUGCCACUCUGCCCGCUGCCACCGUUUCCCCCUUCGCUCGCUUCAGCCGUGGCAUGGCUACCAGCUCUGAAGAGAAGGACCUCAUCAUCAUCGGAGGUGGCGUUGCUGGCUACGUCGCCGCCAUCAAGGCCGGCCAGGAGGGCCUCAAGGUCGCCUGUAUCGAGAAGCGCGGAACCCUCGGCGGAACCUGCCUCAACGUCGGCUGCAUUCCCUCGAAAUCUCUCCUUAACAACUCCCAUCUGUACCACCAGAUCCUCCACGACACCAAGAACAGAGGUAUUGAGGUUGGCGAUGUCAAGCUCAACCUUGCCAACUUCAUGAAGGCCAAGGACACCGCCGUCGCCGGCCUCACCAAGGGUGUCGAGUUCCUCCUCAAGAAGAACGGCGCCGAGUACAUCAAGGGUACUGGCUCUUUCGUCAACGAGCACGAGAUCAAGGUUGCUCUCAACGACGGUGGCGAGACCACUCUCCGCGGCAAGAACAUCCUCAUCGCCACCGGCUCCGAAGCCACCCCUUUCCCCGGCCUCAACAUCGAUGAGAAGCGCGUCGUCACCAGCACUGGCGCCCUCUCCCUCGAGAAGAUCCCCGAGUCUAUGAUUGUCAUUGGUGGUGGUAUCAUUGGUCUCGAGAUGGCCUCUGUCUGGUCCCGUCUUGGUGCCAAGGUCACCGUCGUCGAGUUCCUCGGCCAGAUUGGUGGCCCUGGUAUGGAUACUGAGAUUGCCAAGACUACCCAGAAGCUCCUCAAGAAGCAGGGCAUUGAGUUCAAGCUCAACACCAAGGUUGUCAGCGGUGACGACUCUGGCGCCAACAUCAACCUUCAGGUUGACUCUGCCAAGGGUGGCAAGCCCGAGUCUCUUGAUGCCGAGGUUGUCCUUGUUGCUAUCGGCCGCCGCCCCUACACCGAGGGUCUCGGCCUUGAGAACAUUGGCAUGCAGCUCGACGAGCGCGGCCGUGUCAUCAUCGACUCCGAGUACCGUACCAAGAUCCCCCACAUUCGCUGUGUCGGUGACGCCACUCUCGGCCCUAUGCUCGCCCACAAGGCUGAGGAGGAGGCUGUUGCCGUUGUCGAGUACAUCAAGAAGGGUUACGGCCACGUCAACUACGGCUGCAUUCCCUCCGUCAUGUACACCUACCCCGAGGUCGCCUGGGUCGGUCAGACUGAGCAGGACCUCAAGGCCCAGAAGAUCCCCUACCGCGUUGGUACUUUCCCCUUCAGCGCCAACUCUCGCGCCAAGACCAACAUGGACUCGGAAGGUAUUGUUAAGAUGAUCGCUGACCCUGAGACUGACCGUCUCUUGGGUGUCCACAUUGUUGGCCCCAACGCCGGUGAAAUGAUUGCUGAGGGUACCCUUGCUCUCGAGUACGGUGCUUCCAGUGAGGACAUUGCCAGAACCUGCCACGCUCACCCCACGUUGGCGGAGGCUUUCAAGGAGGCUGCCAUGGCCACGCAUGGAAAGGCCAUUCACUUUUAAGCAAGUGCAGCUCGCACCAGUCUUUUGUAUCCCCUUGAGAUCGGAACUCGGUAGAGUCAUCUUGUAAACUAGUAAUAUACAAUGCCAAAUAUUGGGUUAUAAUGAACUAUACCAUGCCACC